AUGGCGCUCCUGGCUCGAGACCGGCGCGUGGCCUCUUCGGAAUUCACCCGCGACUAUUACAGAUCGUCCUCCGCCCCCGCCGCCCUUGCCGCCCGCACGCCCAUCUCCCGCGAGCAGCCCUACGCCCCCGCUGUGCCGCCGAGAGUGCCCGGCCAGGUAGGCGAUUGCGGGAGACGAUGGCGUGCUUGCGAGGAGACGGCGCAGCUGACAUCCGGGCAUCAGCUGGAGGUCGAGCGGCGUCUGGAAGAUCGCCUCUGUGACGUCACGUUCUGGCGGGAUGAGGUGUCGACGCGCUACGCCAACCUGGACAGAGAUGCGGCCGAUCUCGCCACCCUGCGCGACCGCCUCAUGAAAGCGCUGCACCUGUACGUGCGGCCCCUGGAGGUGGCGCGGCGCUGCAUCGCCCUCAGGAAGGACCGGCAGGGCGUGGAGGAAGUGGAGGACGAGGCCUCGACGGCGCUGCGGCAGGAGGUCCAGGAGCUCCUUCGGUGCCGCGACGCUCUGCAGAGAUCCCUGGAGGACACGCAGAAACAGAUCCGACGUGUGCUGUCGUGCCGAUAUCACCUGGAGAAGAACGUACAGGACAAGGACAGCGCUAUCAAGGUCGAGGAGGAAACAAGGCGCCUCACAGCCACCGCCCAUCCCACGGACAUCAUCCACGGACAGACUAUUGAUCCCAGUCCGGUGUCUGUGGAAUGGUGGAAGGCGACGGGCGUAAAACUAGUUGAGCGGGCGGACCACGAGCACGAACUGUCUGUGCAGGUCCUGGCGGUGAGUGAGGACAUCCUCGUGGCUGCAGGACGCCAUCUGAAGGAGAGGCUGGAGCACACAGACCUCUGCCUAACCACCCGUGUGAAGGAUACCAGGCACGCGAAGACCCUGCUGGAGGAACACCACGCAAAGCUGGUGGAGGAAGAGAGCAAGCUGGAGAAGAGUCUGGUGGAGGUGGAGGACCAGCUGGAGGCCAAACGAGGUCCUCUCGCCCUUGCGCAGACUCGCCUCCACACGCGCAGGCGCAGGCCAAACAUGGAGCGAACCAGGUGAGACUUGAGAGCACGUGGCUUUGUUUACGUUUUUUUUUUUUAAUCUCUUAUCAUCCUUAUCAUCAUCCGGUCACCCCUAAGUUUUUUGUUUAUUCAUCUUCUGCUUCCUUCUUUUAUAAUUGUUAUAUCAUUUCUAUCAUUUUUAGUUCUCAUAUUGGUCGACGGUCAAACUAAUUCACAAUAUCUUCUAUUCCUGGGAUUACUACAUUUAAUUCUAUCAUCUAUUUCGUAGUAACUUCCUCAAUCAUUCGUCGAUGAACAUAUUUUGAAUACAGUCCAAACAACUUUA